AUGAAGUCGCUGGUCUUGAGUCGCUUCUUGGUGCUGCUGCCGUGGGUGCUGCUGGUGAUCCUCAUGCUGGAAACGGACGGCGGCAGCCCGGCGCCCCGUCCGUCGUCCCUUCUCGACCGGCGGCACGAGGGGGCGCCCCGGCGGCGGGAGGCCGAGCAGCGGCGGCGGGGGGAGGCCGAGCCGCCGCCGCCCCCGCCGCCCCUCAUCUAUGCCAUCACGCCGACCUACAGCCGGCCCGUGCAGAAAGCGGAGCUCACGCGGCUGGCCAACACUUUCCGGCAGGUGGCGCGCUUGCACUGGAUCCUGGUGGAGGACUCGGCCGUGGGCACCGAGCUGGUGAGCCGCUUCGCCGCGGGACUCAGCCGGAGCGGCGGCCCGCCUUGCACCCACUUGCACGUGCUCACGCCGCGCAGGUACAAGCGGCAGGGGCAGCCCCGGGCCACGGAGCAGCGCAACGCGGGCUUGGCUUGGAUCCGCCAGCGGCACCAGCACUUGCCGGCCCCGCAGCCUGGCGUGCUCUUCUUCGCCGACGACGACAACACCUACAGCCUAGAGCUCUUCCAGGAGAUGCGCACAACCCGCAAAGUGUCUGUAUGGCCUGUAGGGCUGGUGGGCGGACGACGCUAUGAGCGCCCAGUUGUGGAAAAGGGCAAGGUGGUUGGCUGGUACACUGGCUGGCGGGCAGGAAGGCCCUUUGCCAUUGAUAUGGCAGGGUUUGCUGUAAGCCUUCAGGUGAUUUUAUCGAACCCUAAAGCAGUAUUCAGACGCCAUGGAUCACAGCCUGGGAUGCAGGAAUCUGAUUUUCUGAGACAGAUUACCACAGUAGAAGAACUGGAGCCAAAAGCCAAUAACUGCACAAAGGUUCUUGUAUGGCACACUAGAACAGAAAAGGUAAAUCUAGCUAAUGAGCCAAAGUAUCACCUGGACAGUGUCAAAAUUGAAGUAUGA